AUGGAGAAUAUUAUGCUACAUGAUUGGUUGAUUAACAAAUUCCUAUCUGCUACAAACAAUUCUGUUAGUCAAGUUGUUAAUGUGGAUAAAAUUGCUACUGCGUUAUGGAUUAUUUGGAAGGUUAGAUGCUCCUUAAUUUUUGAUAAUGUACAGGUCAAUGUCCAAGAAACAAAAAGGAGGAUUAACAGGGAAUUUAAUGAAUGGCUAAUCCACAGACCAAUUCAACACUCAAGAAGUCAGAAUACUGAUACAGAAUUACUAUCCUCGAAAGCUCCUGACCAAGGAGUUUUUAAGAUCAAUUUUGAUGAAACAUUUUAUAAAGAAACAGGAAAUAUUGGAUUGGGAUUAAUUUGGCGGGGUUUUGCAGAUAGCUGCCAUGGAGUUAUAUGCAUCCCCACAACAGCAGUAGAUGCAGAACAAGCUGAAGCACUUGCGUUGCUAGAAGCAAUCAAGUGGGCGAAAGAAGUAGGGCUAAAGGAAGUUCAAUUUGAGGGUGACUGUAACAAUGUGGUGAUGGCUGUCAAUGGAACCAUAGGAUCAGUCCACUGA